AUGAACAAUAUUAAAAUUCAGUGUAUCGCCAUAAUUGGUAAACAGAAUAAUCCAUUAUACAUUAAAAAUUUUAGUGCAUCACAUCCUGAUUUAAAAUAUCAUUAUAUUGCUCAUACAUCUUGUGAUGUCAUUGACGAACGAGUUGGAGCCGCUGGACCAGAAGCAGCUGAUACCUACCUUGGGUUAUUAUACGCAAUGGAAGAUUUAGCUGUGUAUGGAUAUAUAACAAAUACUAGAGUAAAAUUUGUGGUGGUUCUCUCGGUUCCUGAUGCCGUAAUUAAGAAUACAGACAUGAAGAAUUUGUUUAGGAAAAUUCAUACCGUAUAUAUCAAUCAAGUUUGUAAUCCAUUUUACAAUUUAGACGGAAGGAAAUCAAUUGUUAGUAAAAGGUUCGUUGCAGCUAUUGAUGCUGUUGGAAAAUCCCCAGCUGAUGAUGUUCAUUUUUGGGGACCAGUUGCAAACUGGGGACUUCCUCUUGCUGCUAUUGCUGAUUCUAAGAAGGAUCCUGAAAUCAUAUCACCAAAAAUGACAACUGCCAUGAUCAUAUACUCUGCUACCUUUAUGCGUUUUGCUGUUAUGGUAAAACCUUCAAAUUCAUUGCUCUUUGCGUGUCACUUUACCAAUGAAAUUGCACAAAUAUUCCAAGGAUAUCGAUAUAUAGAAUAUUAUCAUUUCGGAGGAAAAGAAAGAAAAUUAAAACAAUUAGAAGAAAGCAAAAAGGCCUCGUCGGUGCCUUCUUCGGCCGUCAUUUAA